GUCGCGCGGCAGUGUCGGCGUCGAGCCGCCCCGGUCCGAGCGAGAGCGGCGCGUCCGGCCCCCGACGUGCAUUAGUGUAUUUGUGCCAUUCCAUCAAGUACUGUUGGCCGCUUUAAGUGUGUGUGUGAACGACUGAGGAGGGAAGAAGAUGCAGAAGAUUGUCCUGAAGUGUCCCAAAUCUAGGUUUUUGAAAUUUGAAACGUGUCGGUUUCUUGCUUCAUUGCAACGUACUCGUGUGUCGUCUUAAUGAGCGCCAUUCAACUUUUUUUUUUUUUGUGGUUUAUCGUAACAGUGCAGUGUACUUCGCAGCUCUUUCGCAAGUAUGGUGACGUUAGAAAAACUUUACUGUUGCGUAAUUCAAGAUAGUACGUAAGGAAUCGUGGUUGCCAGGUUCUCGAAUUAAGUAUGUUCAAUUAUGGGUUUGCGGUCUCUGGACUUUUUUUUUUUUUUUUUUUUUUUCAACUUUCGUGAGGUAGAGUAUUCGUUAUGCUUGUAAAUAUUUUUACAAUUAAAUUUUCGUUUAAGCUGUACAGACACAAAUAUCGCAGUGUUUCUUAACCAAGCCGUGUUUGGAACUGUUAAAAAUAAAUUUGUGGCUACAAGACUUCAAUGUUUAAUUUUGGUUUGUGUUUUUUUUUUUUAUGAAUUACACUUUACUCCGAGUAUUAACUCCUUAACCUCGGUCUGUUACAUUAAAGUUAAUGUCCUAAGUUUCUCGACUUGAUUCACGACAAUUUUGGCACUCGAACUGUUGGAUUUUUGGCUUCCUCGCAACACGGAUGUGACACCUUAGUGUUUACUCCCAACUUUUUUAAAAAACCAUAAAUACAAACCUUGCUCGUCAAUUAUUAGUGACGAUGAGAUUUGAGUUCCUUAAAUGUUGUCUCCGAGGGUGAAAUUUCUUUUCGAGUUGGCGAUAUCGGAAGUCGACUGCCCCGCAAAGAAGCUUUAUCAGCUCGUGAACCACUAGACCUCGUUUCAGAAUUGCAUAAUUUAUGAUACUUUGCACUGAAUGGAAGUGUGUGAAUUCAUCCAAAAUAACUUGACGCAGUAACAAGGGAUGAUUAAAACAUAAAAAUCGAAGAUGUCCAGUAAAGAAUCGGAACAAUGGAGAUCAUGUGUUUUCGUAAACACCCUCUACAGUGCGUGGUCAUUUGUGGUGUUUGCGUACGAGUGGACGUAACAAGCUAAAAGUGAUCAGCAUGUGAAGAUGUUUGCAAGACCAAUGGUAGCUCAGGAAUGGUCAGUGCAUGCCCAGCUGACCAUCUCCCAUCAGAGACCACCUGGGACUGUACCUCAUCCUAUAGCAUCCUCCACUGGAGUGACAUCAAAUGGAGACAAGGUGCAGAUGAAGUGUUCAUGGGGAACGCAGGCAGAGCCAACUUCAACCACCAACACAACUACUGCAACUACUGCAAGCAGGCCAUGCUAUGGAUUUCAGCGUGGCAACAUCCUUUUCACUACCCGUCCACCUGCACGAGAUGCUAUUACUGUUGCUUCUAGCAAACCCCAACCUUCAAGAGAUUCCGGCUACAGCAGCUCCCAGUUUUCCUACAACAGUCUUCCAACCCGUAAGCCAGCGCAACCAUACAACAGGAGGUGCAAGAGCACCUGCAGCAUAGUGCUCAAUCAGACCACAAAUUCACGUUGCAGUGACCCUGUGUGUUAUCACUCUGCACCAUCUGCUGCAGCAUUAACAUCCGUCCCUGAAGCAUGUGAGGUGUGCGGAGGUGGACGGAGCCCCACAGCUACUCGUAGAGCUUCCCUUCUCAACACUUUCACCACUCAUUUCUGCACACGUGUUCCGGAGAAGGCAGCAGCAGAGAAACUUAGCAAAGAUGCAGCAUCUCAGACAUUAGAAGGCCUGCCACAGUCAGAAGAAAUACCAUUUCCAUCAGAUCAACCAAAGCCAGUGAGGAGAACACCUUACAACACUAGGAGUAAGACCGACUCCCAGCUUCUUGAAAUCCCAGCCUCCAGUGGAAGUAAACAAAAAGUGAGUAAAAGAGUUACACGAUCACCAGCAAAACUACGAGGCAAGUCCCCGAUACUUUCUGGUAGAAGAUCCCAAGGUUCUCAGUGUUCGGAUCUUGGAAAUAAGCAGAAACCUCGAACUGUCCACAUAGAUGUUUAUUGUACUGGCUCAGAAGAUGCAGAUGCAAGCAGUUCAUCAGACUCUGAUACUGCAGAGGAGGGAGAUUCUUUAUCUUCUCCUCAGACAGUAUACGAGUCUGAGAAGUUCAGGGUCACUCAUACACGAGCCGGAAAGAACCAACUUCCCCAGUCUUACGUCGACCAGAAGUGCAGCAACAAAAAGGAAGGCUCCGUACUUCAUCGCAAAAGUGAGAGCUUCAAGUGUGAGUCGGUGAAGGAAUCUCCCGUUCCACGAGGAUAUGAAAGUGAUGAUGCUCCUAGUUCUGCAUAUCCUUCAAAACAAAGUUCUUGCACAUGGACGAAUGAUAAUUUCAGUAUUUCAAGUGAAAACACAAGAGAUCUUUCUACUGCAAUGUCAUCUUCCAGCUGUGCCAUGUCAGGUGAUGGUUACGAAUCUGUAACAGCAACCUCGUGGAAAGAUACAGGAACUGAUUUGGAUUCCUUCGCUCAAAGUACAGCUAGUCUUGCACAAAGUGAUAGUUUUGAGUACGCUGACUCUAUUGACAGGCUGAGGAUACGAGCAAAGGAAAAGGCAUGGGAGGAGUCCAAGUGUUGGCGCUCUCCACAGCAGGAACGCAAGUACUUGCUGCAGAAGGAAAAAUUAGAGGAAUAUCUAGAGAAGAAAAAAGAUGUGAUGCCAUUUCCUCUCUGGAAACCCGCCUCAUUGGAAGAUUCUGAAGAUGACGACGAGACAGGAGAUGCUUGGAGUAUUGGAGGAUGGGAUUGCUCUCAAAAGCAAGGGUCACUUAAGCGAGAAGAUACUGUAAAAAUGAUUAAUAAAGACAAAGUCUCUCCUGUAACUUCAGUGAGCUCUUCCCAUGAAGAUCACAAACAGCCUGUGGAUCCAACAAAAUCUGCUAAUGUUCCCAACCUCAUAGUUCCAGUGCUAAAUGUUCCAGUUUGCGACACUGGCAGCAUUAGUGAUUGUGGUCCAUCGCUUCAUAAACAUGUGCGCCGUACAAUUGGUCCAUUUGGGUCUAGAUCACCAUCUCCACCACCUCCUAAAGUUAAUUCCAGUGUCACCUCCCCCUUCUCAGUGUUUGGCAAAACAACAAACCAACUGCUAAUGGCUAGGAAGUUUGGUAACAUAGUGGGUGCAUUCCGCAAGCCUGGUCACCACGUAGGUCCCUCGAAAAAUCCAGAAUGUCUGUGUGAACAUUGCCGCAGGUUUUACGAAGAGUUGGGCCAUCGCACCCGCACCCGGUCAGUGGGUGACACACCUCAGGAUUCUCUUGCGACUUGGAGAGCAAACAGUGUCCCGACAAGUCUUCUUGUGGAACAGCGUGCGCCAGCCGACUUUGAUACUCAGUCAGAGGCCAGUAGCGUAGACUAUGAACUGUUAGAACAGAAAAUUGCACCUUGACAUUCACUCAAACAUUUUAUAAGUAGCAAAAGUUGCAAGUAUCUUGGGCUUUAAUUAACGCUUAUAUCUCUGUUAUUCAUAAUUUAUUAUUUAUGGUUUUAUAAUUUUUUCACUCACUAAAAUUAAAUUUAAUAAAACUGUAAAUCUAUUGUAAGUAUAAACCUAGUAAUGAUUUUUACUUGAACAACCAAAUAUCCCUGUUGAGAGAGACUUAAAUAUGUGAAUGGUAUCUAUUAUUCAGAUGUCAUUUUUUUGAGUUUGACUAAACGAAUCAUGAACUUAAAGUAUUCUAGAGUUGUAGCUAUAAAUGACUAAAUUUUUAUAAACUGCAGUUAAUAGCUAUAAAUGACCUAUUUCUGUUUUACAUUCAUGGAUUGAUUUAUUUAUUAAGCUUCAGUAAUAUGUUCAUCAUGAAUUUCUUUGAUCCUUAAUGUUAUUCUUUUAUACACACACACACAUUGUGUUGGUGAGUAAGACGUCUGAAAUAAUUAAUUUUAAUUUAAUUUUUAUAAAAAAUUUUGUAACUUUGUUUAAAAGAUUUACUGAGACCAUAUGAUAAAUGAACAAAGAGUGUUUCUUGUAUAUUCUUCUAUGUCAAAACUAAGUGGUCUGUCUAUCUACCCAAUUACGUGGCGCAGUUUCAUGUUUAAAACCAGAGGCAAUUGCAUAAUAAAGAAAAUGUUACUCCCAUGUGAAUCAAAACCAAUCUAUACUGAGUGUAAACCAUUAAACAAUUGUGAUAGUUCUUCAUUGUGCUACAUAAGCUAUAAAGCAGCCUGAAAAUUUACUUUAGUAUUUGUUUGGUUGAAGUGCUGAAAAGUAAUGUUUGCAAUGUUUUGAAAUCUUGAAGGUACAGCCCAAAGUAAUUAAAAGGGUAGAUUUUUCCCUGUGAAAAUCAAUAGUUGAUUUAUUUUUUGAUAAAGAUGUUUUGAAACAUAACCUUAUUCUACUUAGGUGGAAACUAUAUGGAAAUAUGUUAUCCUGUAUUAAUUUGAGUAUCUGUAACCAUCGUAGCAGUGGCAUAAUCUUAAUAAAUUUUCUCUUUGCAGCAUUAGUAAUGUAAUGGUGAUGUCUCCUUGCUUUGUUUCAUGUAUUUGGAAUUUCAUUUAGAGAUAGAAAAGUGGAUUGAAAAUUUUUGCUGCCUAAUAUGCCCCUGAUAGAAGGGUAUGGUGUGAUAUUCGCUCUACUUUGAUAGGUCUAGUUUCAAGUUUUAUAUUUGUGCAUUUCCUGCAAAUACACUUAGUAGCAGUUGUUUCUUUUUAUUAUUUAAUUUAACAUCUGGUUAACGGGAAGACAAUGGAGACAUGCAAUACCACAAUUCAAGGUAAUUUGAGGAGUGAAUCAGAUAUGGCCAUCUCUGCAUUUGCGAGAGUAAUUUAAGGAUAUCAUUGCGAACUAAAAUUAGGACGGUCAAAUUGGCAUUCAAAACUGAGUCGCGGAGAGUCCAACGCUUCCACACACUCACCUUGGUGAAUAGGUGGGCUUGCAAUAUGAGAAAAUUUUGUUAAAUCUGUUUUAACAGAUGUUACAUUCAAUAUAUUCCAUGUACAAAUAUUUGUAGGUAUUUAUUUUAUGAUAAUACUUCUGUUUUAAAUCACAUUUGAUUACCAAUGCAUACAAGUUCUACUUUUUAAAAUAAAUUAAAUUUUACAUUUUGUGUUAGAUUUAUAACAUACAUACUUUAAUGUUAUCAAUGGUUGGUUUGUUUUUCUUUAAUAAAGUUUCAAAUUUAUGGCA